AUGUCAAAGGUACCAAGAAAUUUCAGACUCUUGGAAGAGUUAGAGAAAGGUGAAAAAGGGUUAGGCCCUGAAUCAUGUAGUUAUGGGUUGGCCGAUAGCGACGAUAUCACUAUGACUAAUUGGAACGGUACGAUCCUGGGACCGCCCCACAGUAACCACGAAAACCGUAUCUAUUCCGUAUCAAUUGAAUGUGGUCCCAACUACCCCGAUGAACCUCCAAAGAUUAAAUUUGUUUCAAAGGUUAAUGUUCCUUGUGUAGACUCCACAACAGGCGAAGUGAAGAGCAGUGUAUUCCAUACUCUACGUGAUUGGAAAAGGGCUUACACAAUGGAGACUUUGCUUCUAGACUUGAGAAAGGAGAUGGCCACUCCGGCUAACAAGAAGCUGCCACAGCCAAAGGAAGGGGCAACCUUUUAA